AUGGCUCGAGGCAAGCGCCGUUUUAGAGGCGCUGAGAUGAUGGGUAGACAGCGGGCUGCCAAGUACGCACGGGUAACUGGAGGUACAGAUAAGGACGAAAGGCCUCAACCAGCCAAAGAGGCGUACGAUGAAAUAAUUUAUGAGAAUGCAGCAUUCGAGGAAUACUACCAGAGGCAAGGCAUUUGCCCUAAUGAGGAGUGGGACGACUUCAUGGCCAUCCAGCGACUCCCUUUGCCAGGGCAAUGGGACACAACAAGCAAGGUUGAUAUGAAAAAAGAUCUUCUUUUUAAAGAAAUCCGUGAACAAAUUAUCAACGAGGACUUCAGGGGAGCACUCACGCGACAAGAGGCUGUCAGCAUGCUGCCGUGCCUCUUCUUAGACAUACAGCCUCACCACCUUGUGCUAGAUAUGUGUUCAUCUCCAGGUUCAAAGACAUCAGAAAUGCUUGACAUGCUGCAGUGGAAGGCUCAGCUUCAUGCGUCUACAGAAAAAGGAUCCUCUGUCGGCAUCCCGCCAGUGGACGCUGCUUGCUUUCCGACGCUUCAUAGCAUAUCAGCCGACGGCUCCCACAAGGUUGCUGACGUACCGUGUAGUGGCGACGGAACUCUGCGGAAAAAUUUAGACGUGUGGAGGAGCUGGAACACUGGCGGCGGCCAUAGCAUGCACCCCAUCCAGCUUUCAAUUCUAUACCGUGGCCUCCAGCUCCUGCGCGUGGACGGCAAAAUUGUAUAUUCGACUUGUUCGCUGAACCCCUUAGAAGACGAAGCAGUCAUUGCAACUGUUCUGUCCCAACAAAAGGGCCGUGUGGAGAUUGUCGAUCCCCCAGACCUGCCAGGUCUCAGAUGGUCCAAAGGGAAGCCUCAUUGGCUUGUACCCUCGCCUCCUGCCAAGAAGCGUUCGUCAGCUCAAGAUGAGCCCUCACAGGCAGACGUGCAGAACUGCAACGGGACUGCCUUCUAUCGCACAUUUGAUGAGGUACCGGAAGAAUAUCGUCACCGAAUACGGCCCACCAUGUUUCCUCCUCCGGGAGCAGAUAUGAUGUCCCUGGAGAAGUGCGUUCGCAUCUUGCCCCAUCACAACAAUACGGGAGGGUUCUUUGUCUGCUGUUUACGUAAACUUGCGGAGCUUGACGCGAGCAAAAUCUUCAUCAGCAACAAAAGCAAAGUGAGGGCAGCUACAGAGGAGAAGGAACGAACCCCGUUCAAGCCCCAGAGAAACGGGGACACUCUACAUAGCCAGACACCAGGCCCCAAUGGCGGAGCAGAAUCGACAAGCAACUCAGAAGAAGCAGAACACAAAGAAAACAGCGUCAAGGCCAGCUAUGCAGUGGAGCCGGAGGUCAAUCCCCUACUUGACGGAGAACUGCUACCAGAGAGACCCAUAGAACAAACUGUAGCAUCCUUGGCAUACACUGAUGACGUUGCUGCAGCCAAGUUAGAUGUUCUGUCUGCCAAGGAAGAAGAGGAGAGCCUGUAUUCACUUGCUUCGGCUGCAUCCAAGCCAGGAAGCCUUUUCCAUAUUCUUUUGCCAGCAAGUUGUGAUGCGGAAGGCGCCUGCGAUGUGCAAAUGAUCAUGGACUUCUAUGGUUUGAGUGACAAGACAUCUAUGCUGCCCGACGACCUGCGGAGCCCAACGACAAUAGCAUCAUUAGAUCCGAAUUUGCUUUUUCGGCGGGUCCACUCGCGAAAGAAAAUGUUUUUUCUUUCAAAGAGGUUGGCGGAUGUGGUGAACAUUUCCUACCAAACGGCGGGGGCUCGCACUCCCAAGAAAUUGGUCGCGCAAACGCAGUCGCAACCAAGCGAACUGCAUCGGCAGCUUGACAGCCUCUUAAAGAGUAAAAUAAAAUGGAUGCAUGCCGGAAUCACACUGCUCAUUAAACAUAGCGAAGGCGAAGGGGGCCAAGAGAAAAGGUUGGGUGCACGGGGCUGGCGUGUGGCGCAGGAAGGAGCUGCUUUAAUGGCUACUUUUGUGAGAAGGCGCAUUAUUUUCGUUAGUGUGGCCGUUGCACGUUUUCUGUUGUUGGCGGAGGCUCGUGUGGUCCGAUCUUCUGAACUCCUGGAGUUUGAGAAUUGCAAGCAAGUCUUAAACCUCUCCUCAUGCAGAGACAAGGACGGAUGCAUUGAAGCUGGAGGAGUCAUUUGUAUCGUCUGUCCCACGACCGUCAUCGCAGUUGGUGAUUCUGUCUCAGAGGAGUCCUCUGCGAAGACAACGGCAGCUGAAGUUGACGAGGUGCAGCACACGAUUGCAAGCGUCUACCACAUUAAGAACAAUCCGAGCUUUGCAACUAUGCCAGACAGUGUUUGCGUAUCGUGCAUGUUUUCUGCGGGCGGCAGCCUGCAUGCAUACAUGAACAAAAGAGAAGCAAGGGCGAUAGCUCGCCACCUGUUCUCCAUGCCCAAGGAAGAGGACCUGGAACAGAAAUAUGCCAAAGAGUGGGAUGGGAUGCCUUCCAUGGGUAGCUAG